GCAAAUUAUGGAUCCCGUUACAGCUAUUCAGUUAGUCGCUUCACUUAUAAGCUUGGUCAAGACGUGUCGGGCUAGUCUGCAAGCUAUCAAAGACUUCAAGGACAGCGAUGACGACUUGGCGGACCUCGUGAGCGACGUGGAAUCAUUUACUGCUUUCCUUCAGGAACUUGAGGAAGUACUAGGCCGUUGCCAGCAAAGAAGCCUACUCAGUUCGAAAUCAGAGGGCCUGCAUAAAGUUUUGCAAGCUGCCCGCUUCACCGUACUCAAACUUCAGAGAGAACUGGACCGCCUAAAGGCAACGGGAUCGCCUACCGUCAGGCGAGUAAGAUGGCUACAAGCUCACGCAGAGCUCCAGAAACAUCGUUGUCGAAUGAGGGAACACACUUCGAGGUUGCAUGGUUUCGCUCUCCUUCUAUGCCUUGGCGGAUUCUUCCUAGAAUGCAGUCAAGAACCUCAGCUCCUUCAGUUUUGCAGCAGUACGCAGGAUGAACUGGGUGCAGUCGACCUCGUCAUGGAUCUUCCUAGCGGAGACGCAACGGCAAAACUCGUGGCAAAACUGGAACCCGCUCCUCCUAACUCGGAUUCACAACCUUCCGACGUUGGUUUGCCGACUCAAUUCGAUUCCCAUGGCCCUGAAAGGCCGCCUGGCACAGAAGCUCGCCGCAAGUCGUGCUCGUUCGACUGCUAUUGCGUUUGCCACUCUGAAGAGGGAAGAACACCACAGCUCUCGAUGAAACGUCGCAUGAAUAUACUUAGUGUAGUAACUCGGCCAAGGCGCAAGUGUUCGGUACCAACCUGUCAACGAACAAUACCGCCGCGCGUCAGAAAGUUGGUUCUUCCGUCUGCGAACUUCUGCCGAGCCCUCGCGAUUAUCGUGAGUUCUCGGGGUUGGACAGUUAAGCAUCAACUGAAUACUUAUCGUUUGGUUCCAGAGACUUCCGACGCGAUGAGAUACACGAAACAUGGAGAGUUGGGUAAUCUAAAGGCCUGUAUUGAGUCCGGUGAAGCGACUCAAUUUGACACUGGACCGGACGGAUGGUCUUUGUUGCAUACAGCAGCAUAUUGGGGCCAAUUAGAGAUUGUACGGUACCUCUAUACACUUGGCGCAAAUACUGAAGUUGGAGAAGUCGGGACUCGGAAGCCCGCAGAUUUUGCGAUUUUAAGAGCAUUAGCAAUGGAUUCGACUGAUGUGGAGCAACAAAUAAUGAAGGCAUUUCCAGCUUACGAAACAUACAUGAUUGACUUCGGCUUUUCCCCAAUCCACAUUGCCGUUCUAGAGCUCUACGACUCUGGAGACAUUCUGCGACCAAGCUUGCAAGAUCUGAUUGACUUCGUCGACGAUGCAAACAAUCAGCCUGCAGGAAACGAUUGGUCUGUUUGGCGUCGUGCGGAAGCAAAGGCGUGUCCGUUAUAUGCAGAUGUCGUCGAGAGGUUCCGGACAACCGCCACAAAAGGUUUCAAGGCCAAGAAGGUGAUCCUGGAUUUGAUCAAUGAGCCGGAUGAGAAGUGGGGUUGGCCCCCUUUCCACUGGGCAGCAUUUACAGGCCGCAGGCAGAAGAUGGAGAUACUUAUUAAGAACAAUGCGGACCCCUUCAGCCUUUCUCCAAUGAGGAGAAACACGAUUCACAUCGCCGCUGAGUCGAAGAGACUAGACGUCCUGUCAUUUGUCCUAGAUAUAUGGGCCAUAAAUAAGGACAAAUUAGAUAUCAACAAAGCAGAUCGAUGGCUGGAGACGCCACUACACAUUGCUGCAUCUGGAUCUAAAGAAUGCGCUGAACUACUUCUUGACAACGGCGCGAACCCGAAUGCGACACAGGUGGAUCACCAGAUACCGCUUCACUACGCGAGCAUAUGCACUAGAGAGGAAGAAAAACUUCUAAUUGUGUCUCUUUUGUCCGGCCCAGGCCGCUGCUUCGUCAAUGCACAAGACAAUGACGGUCGGACGCCAGUCUUCGAGCUCCUUCCUUCGCCGGCCUGCGUUAAGCUCUUGGCAGAUGCUGGGGCUGAUCUCACUAUCACCGACAAGACAGGAAAUUCUCCAAUUCAUAUGGCUAGCAUCGAUAACGAAGUAGAGACGCUUGAGAUGCUUUUGGAUUUGACUUCAGAUCCUAGGGCGGCCACGAGGUUGAACACAAAUGGGCACACUCCUCUUCUCGAAGCAUGCGCCCAUAAGAGCAAAGACUGCGCCCGGCUUCUCCUCAGACGAGUGGACGUGGAUUGUACUGAAAUUGGGGAGAAAGGCUGGUCUGCUGUGCACUAUGCAGCGGAUUGGGGAGAUGAAGUAAUCAUGAAAGCUGUUCUCAUGCAUCCCAGUUUCAAAAGGGGACAGAAAACAACUGAUGGAAGGUCAGCAGAAAUGCUCGCUAAGGCAGCGUGCAAGUGGGAAGGUCAAAUUAAGGGCCUUCUAAAGAAGCAUGAUUCCGUUGCAGGAAUCAUGAAGGAAAGUGAGGUGACAUUUGGUCAAAGUUCUUUUGCCUAUUUGUCGGUGAGGUAGACUUUUCCUCGGCGGUAACCUUUUAGGAGGACUCUGGUUAGCCGGCACUGAAAUAACCUGGGAAUAUUAGGGAUUUCAAGGGAUAAUGCCUCUUAAGACACACUCUUACCUUUCACGCUUCAAGCAAGAGAGUAAUCCGAC